AAAAAAAAAAAAAUUUUUUUUUUUAUUUUGAUCAUUAUAAGUUUUUUAAAAAAAAAUUUUUUUUUGAUUAUUAAUUAUGGGGACCAUAUCACCAAAUUUCCAUAAUUUAAACGCAAAUUCUCAUCCUCCACAAGAUUUUAAAAGUUUUCAUGAUUUAAAUGAUAAUUCUCAUUCACAAAGUUAUUUAGGUUUUCAUGAUUUAAAUGAAAAUCCUCUUCAACAAAAUUAUUCAUCUGAAAUGCAAACACCUCAUCUACGACCAAGAAGUAAUUCUGCACCUAGAGUAACUAUGCCAAGUUCUACUUCAUUUUCAUCUUUAAGUAAUACUUCAAUACGACAAUCACAACAAAGAGUAGAAGUAAAAAAUUGUAAAUGUGGUCUUGAACCUGUACUUCGAGAAGUUAAAGUAAAUACACCAAAUAAAGGAAGAUGGUUUUGGUCGUGUAGUAAAUUUGGUGGUCCCGAUCAUUCAGAGAAAUGUAAUUAUUUCAAAUGGGAAAAUUCAUUAAAUCAAAAUGCUGAUGUGACUGGUGAAUCAUCAUCUACUGCACGAGAUACACAAGAUACAUAUCGUAAUGAUGAUGUUGUCGUUAAUGAUGAUAAUAAUAAUAAUAUUAUUGGAGAUGAAGUUAAUACCACACCAAUUAAUAAUAAUGAUGUGAUAGAAAAUCCUAGUAGGAGUCAUAAUAGAGCUUCAUCACAAGCUAUAUCAAGCACAAGUAAUGGAACAACAACCAAUAGAUCAUUAACUAAUAGGACAACUGAAACCGGUCAUGCAUACACUCGUAGUCCGGCCGUGUUUGGUAAUUGGGAAAACGUACCCAAAUAUUCUACUCCACAACUAAUGGAUAUAAUGCAAAAUCAUCUAGUACAACAAGAUAGGAAUUAUAAAAAAUGGCAUAUUAAUACUCAAUUAGCCAAAAAAGAUUAUGAAGAAGCGAAGAAGGAAGUUGAGAAAUUGAUGAGAGAACUUGAGGUCGUCGGUAAAGAAAAUGAAUUAUUUAAACGUGAAAAUGAAGUAUUAAAAGCCGAAAAGAGAUUAAUGGAACGUGAAAUUAGUAUAUUAAACGAAGAAAAUCGAGAUUUGAAGAGACGACGUUAAAAAUAUAUCUGAUAUAGUAUAUUAUAUAUAAAUUUAAAUAAGGGCAUUAUGUUUUAUGGGUUAUUUUGUAUUUAAAAUUAAUGUAUUUUAUAUAUAUGUAGUAAAAUAAAUAAAAAUUACUAAGAGUUAACUUUUAAUCAUUUUCACAUGAUGACUAUCAC